AUGUAUCCACCUGACCCCCAGAACCCCCCGGAAGUACAGUUUUGCUUUGCUUUGGUUAACAAUUCGUGCCCUAGAAAUGUGAGGUCUGUGCUGAAUGUCUGGGCCAUGUACACGGUCAUGAUUGGGGCUAUAGUGAUGACCAUACUGGGCAACAUGGUCGUGAUCAUUUCCAUCGCUCACUUCAAGCAGCUCCACUCCCCAACCAACUUCCUGAUCCUCUCCAUGGCCACCACUGACUUUUUGCUGAGCUGCGUGGUCAUGCCCUUCAGUAUGAUCCGGUCCAUCGAGUCCUGCUGGUACUUUGGAGACCUCUUUUGCAAAGUCCACAGCUGCUGUGACAUCAUGCUCUGCACCACCUCCAUCUUUCACCUCUGCUUCAUCUCAGUGGACCGCUACUACGCUGUUUGUGACCCCCUGCGUUAUGUCACCAAAAUUACCAUCCCUGUUAUAGAGGUCUUUCUACUCACCAGUUGGUCCAUUCCCCUCAUUUUUGCCUUUGGCCUGGUGUUCUCAGAAUUAAACGCAAUUGGUACAGAAGAUUUUAUUGCAGCCAUUGACUGCACAGGUUUGUGUGUGUUGGUAUUUAACAAGCUCUGGGGGGUACUGGCCUCUUUCAUAGCUUUCUUUCUCCCUGGGACAGUCAUGGUGGGGAUUUACAUACGCAUUUUCACAGUGGCCAGGAAGCAUGCUAAGCAAAUUGGCACAGGUCCUAGGACAAAACAGGCUGGGGCAGAAAGCAAAAUGCAGGCAUCAUCCAAAAGAGAAAGCAAGGCCACCAAGACCCUCAGCAUAGUCAUGGGAGUGUUCGUGCUGUGCUGGCUGCCCUUCUUUGUCUUGACAAUCACAGACCCUUUUGUUAAUUUCACAACCCCAGAGGAUUUGUACAAUGUCUUCCUCUGGCUGGGUUAUUUCAACUCCACUUUCAAUCCCAUGAUAUAUGGCAUGUCUUACCCUUGGUUUCGCAAGGCAUUGAGGAUGAUUGUCACAGGAAUGAUCUUCCUGCCUGACUCUUCCACCCUAAGCUUGUUUCCUGCAUGUGCCUAG